AUGAGCGCAAAGAUACCACCAGCUCGUAGAUUUCCAAAGAGGCUAUCACAGCAGGAAUUAAAAGAUAAAACAACUAAAUAUAUGAACGAUAAUGGCGCUGAUAACCAUUACAAAGCGCAAUAUUAUCUUGAAGCUGCAAAUCUCGUUGUAGGAAUGAAAGAUCCUAAAUUCUUUACAUUGCAGCCAAAUACACAUCAUACAGAUUAUAAAAAUCAAGCAUGGAAUAUAGUUUACCAACUUGUUCUUCAGUUUCUCGAAGAAAACAACAUGAAGUUAACAAUAGAUACAAUAACCAAAGAGUGUGGAUCAGCUGGUCUUCCAAAGAAUGAUUCUGACAUUGGUAGCGUUGAUGAUUACAUGGAAAGAUUAUUAGACAUUUCUGAAUCACUUGCAUCUAAGCAAUUCCAAGCUAGAGUUGCUGAAUGGAAGGCAGAAGAUGCUAAAGGAUUACAAAAGUAA